CAUUUUUCUCAAAUGUCAUCACAUCGCCCUAUGGGGAAGGAUGGUGUAAUGUUUUCGCUCGAUUAAUUUUUAACUUUCUACCAUGGAAUCUAAUAAGACCGACGCUGAUAUUGGUGAUAAGUGUAAUUCGAAUGGCGACUGUUCACCGACGCCCAAUAAACAAUCCUUCGACAUAAAUAACGCUAAAAAUAUUGAUGACAUCUCUACGCCUUCCGAGUUAAAAUUUGAUGAAGAACCUGACUACGAGGACCCUGAAGUGAAGGAAAAGAAGAAAGAAAUUGAGAAAUGUUUGGAGAAUUUGGACUGGGUGAAUUUGGAACAAUGGCAGGAUUUUGCAAAAGGGAAAGCUGGACUAAUCAGUGAUGACUACAGAAGAAAAAUAUGGCCACUGCUAGUUGGUGUGACACAGGAAGAGAUGACAGAGCCUCCAUCACUAGAUGAAUUGUCAACACACAUCGAAUAUAAUCAGGUGGUGUUAGACGUGAACCGGUCACUGAAGCGGUUCCCCCCAGGCAUUCCGUACGAGCAGCGUGUGGCACUGCAGGACCAGCUGACCGUGCUCAUACUGCGAGUUAUCAUGAAGUAUCCACAUCUCAAGUACUAUCAGGGUUACCACGACGUAGCGAUCACAUUGCUGCUAGUAUGCGGCGACAAGGCUUCGUUCCCGCUCCUCUGCCGGCUGUCGUACGGGCCGGGGGCUCCGCUGGCGCCCUUCAUGCAGACCACGAUGCAGCCCACGCAGCACCUGCUCAACUACAUGCUGCCAGUCAUCAGCAGGGCUGACAGGAAACUCGCUGAGUGUUUAGACAAAGCACAAGUGGGCACGAUGUUCGCUUUACCCUGGUACCUGACGUGGUUCGGCCACAGCCUGAACAAGUACGCGGACGUGGUGCGGCUGUACGACUACUUCCUGUGCGCGCCGCCCCUGUUCCCCGUGUACGUGACGGCCGCCAUCGUGCUGUACCGGGCCGACGAGGUGUUCAACUGCGAGUGUGAUAUGGCCAUGCUGCAUUGUUUAUUGUCUAGGUUACCAGAUGACUUACCAUUCGAAGACAUCCUCGUGACCGCCAAGCGACUGUACGAGGACAACGACCCCACUGAUCUCGAGGCUGAAGUAGCCGCGCUGGAGAGGAGAGAAGAGGAACAGCGUCGCCUAGACGAGGAGCGUCUAAAGCGUCGCCAGCUAGCCAACCGGCGCAAUACAUCAGGUCUAGCAGCCAGACUGCGGCGCUGCGUGCCGGCGGCGCUGCGGGCCGUGCCGUGGUCGCGGCGCGCCGCGCUGGCCACCGCCACCGUGCUCCUCGGCAUCUACGUCUACUACCGACCCGACCUACUCUUCAACAGAAGGCGCGAGAAUGGCCUGGAAUUAUGACUGUUAGUGAUACCGACCGGUUUGAGGUACAAAAUAAAAUAAAUAUUUAUUUGGGUUUA